CUCUCAGACACUCAGCUCUCAGACACUCAGCUCUCAGACACUCAGCUCUCAGACACUCAGCUCUCAGACACUCAGCUCUCAGACACUCAGCUCUCAGACACUCAGCUCUCAGACACUCAGCUCUCAGACACUCAGCUCCCAGACACUCAGCUCUCAGACACUCAGCUCUCAACCUUUCUGCAAUUAUUUCGUUUUCCCUUUAUUCAUAUCCUUGCCUGA